AUGCAUCCAAAAAACACUUGCUAAAUUAGAAAUAAAAAUUCAUUUUCAGUUAGGACUCUUUUAUCCAAUUUUCCUGGUGAUCAAGUAUCUUCUCCUAGUUUCGAUGAAGGAAAUUAAUGGCCAAAGUAUGAUCGAUCCGACCAAACAAAGAGUAGUAAUGUUAGAAUGAUAGAAAAAGAAAUUAUAAUAACUGAGAUUUAAGAUGGGAAUCAAAUACAAUAGCAGAUAAAGCCCGAUUCAGAUUUGAUUACUGUCGAGUCACGAGACUCAUUGACCAUUGAUUAUACACAUCUUGAUGAUGACAAGCUUGAUGAAAGGUUCAGAAGUUAUGCCCUCAGAAUAAAGCAAUUGAAACAGAAGAAGAGACACCUCAAGAGAUAGAUUAAUAAAUCUCAAGAAAUCAGAGUCCCAUUUUCCCCAUUCAAUUCUCAAACUAAAUAACGAAAUAAAACAUCUCCUUAUAAUAACGUGUGUAAUUAGCAUAUUUGCUACAAGAGAAUAAAAAAAUAUGGACGCUAGAGUGAUUCGAUUGAUGCAUAAAUGAAUUUUAGUUUCGCAAAGUACGGGUUUCGGAGUGUUACCAAUAUAUUCUAAUAAAAUAGCAUGAAGAGAUUUAAUAAUUGCGGAAGAAAAGCCUUAUUUAAAUCUAGAAAAAUAAACAAUGAUCAUUAAACUAAUGAUAAUAUAAUAAUAGAAUCAUUAUAUAAAUACCUAUUAUAAGAGGAUGACAUUGGAAAUUCCCAUUAAUAAGAAAUUCAAUCUGAAACUCGCAGCUAAUAAAUAAAUAAAACUAGCUUCGGAUUUUGUGAUUUCGAACGUGUCCCUAUUGAUCAGAGUAUUCAACCAACAACCCAUAAUUGCUACACAGUUAAUUAAUUUAGUAGUAAUAAUCCUAACUAUUCUCAAUAGACCGUUUGGACUCAUGAAUAAGUUGAUAACAGUAAUCACCCAAGGUCAAAGACCUUAAUAAAUAAACUAAGAUGA